AUGGAUUAUGCUGCCUGGGGUGGUGCCCGGGUGUCUUGGACGGUGCCUCUGUAUAUCCUGGGGGCCAAUUUUGCUGAACAGAUGCCCCAAGAUGAAGACUGGAUGCCCAUGAAUGGCAAUCCCCAUCCCAUGCCUGGUGUUCCCUUCCCGGAGAUGCCACCUUUUAUUCUGCCUCCAUUCCCGGCAUUGGGGUGGAACGAUGUGCCACCACCUCCGCCUGAACCUGCGCAUAUUGAGGUGCAUGAGGACAAUUGGGGCAACUGGGAGGAACCUGCUGCGGAGCCUGCUGUGGAGGAUCAAGAAUCUGUGGUUUUGAAUGCCUCGGCCCAACCUAGUUCGGCCCACCAAAGCUCUGAAGCUCAACCCCAGGUGCCCCCUGCUCCUAUCGUUCUUAUUGAUGGGGCUUCUCCUGCUAAUUCGAAUGAUCAAAUGGCAGCACCGGAUAUGGAGGAUGCUAAUAAUUGGGCAAUUUUGGUGUAUCAACCUCCCCCUUUUGAUGUCCGCACUUUGGAGCAGCCUGUGGUUCCGAUUCCUUUUGGUCCCCCUCUGCCGCCGGAGAUGAUUUGGAGGCGCUCGUUUGAAAAUCUGCUGAAUGCUCCAAUGGUGUUUGAGGUGCCUAAACCCCUUCUGCCUCAGCCCCUGUCGCCCGUCAUUUUGAGCAAGAGAACCUGGGACUUUGCUUUCCAGCAGGAUGCCCUUCCUUUGCUGACAUGGAAGGAGUCGGUACCUGCUCGACCUGUGGCUAGAGCACUAUUUGUGGAUGAAACCGACAGGGUUGUGACUGUUGUCCCUCCUCCUCCUGAGCGUGCACCUGCAAGGAGGCCACGCAAAGUUUUGGCGCCUACUCCACUUGUUGCAACUUCUGUUCGUAGGUGUACCAGAAGUUCGGCCCAGCGGGAUGGGUUUAAGCCCACUUUCCAUGAGCUGGUUCUGCAGCCCAAGAAGAAGAAGAAGUCCAAGGCCAAGCCCCUCUCUGCUGAGAAGUCUGAAGACCCUGCAUUUGGAGAUGUCCUCCCGCCUACUCCCAUCAGUCACCUGCAAGCUAUUGGCAAGGAGCUGGAGAUUGAUGCAGCUCUGCUCACGGAGGAUGCACUUAUGGUGGACCCCUCUGCUGCUACAACUCAAGACUCCAAUGAAUAG